CUGGAUGCUCCAGCUCCCAGAGACCCGUCGACGUCCACGGUGCUCACAUUCCACCGGCCGCGGUCUCUCUCUCACUCUCUCUGUCCUCUCUCGACAGGCCCAGCCCCGUGACUGUAGAGACAACUCAAAAUGUCUGACGACGAGGUUUAUUCUUCCGAGGAGGAGGAGGUCAGCGAGGAGGAGGAGGAGGUGGUCAAACAUGAGGAGCCGAAGCCCGCAAAGCCGGAAGAAAAGAAGGAGGAGAACAUCUUCACUCACCGUCCUCAAACAACCACCUCGGAGCUGGACGAGCAGCUCAAGGAGUACAUCGCUGAAUGGCGCAAGCAGAGGGCCAAGGAGGAGGAUGAGCUGAAGAACCUGCGGGCUAAGCAGGCCAAGAGGAAGGUGCUGCGCGCCGAGGAGGAGAAGCGUCUGGCGGCCGCCAAGAAGGUCGAGGACGAGCGUCGCCUGCGCGAGGAGCAGGAGAAGAAGCAGCGCGAACAGGAAGAGAAGCGCCGCCGUCUGGAGGAGGCCGAGAAGAAGCGUCAGCUGCUCGAGCAGGCCUCCAAGGCCACCGCCGGCGGCAAGAUCAAGAUCAGCAAGAGCAACGAUCCGGUUUCCGCUGCUCCCGUCAAGGCCGAGACCAAGACCAAGGAGCAGUUGGCGGAGGAGAAGAAGAUGGCGCUGGGUGUCCGCAUCCAGGCGCUCAAGACCGAGGGCAUGGGCCUGGAGACCCUGAAGAAGAAGGCUGAGGAGCUGUGGAACAAGCUGGUUCAGUUGGAGACCGACAAGUAUGACUUGGAGGAGCGCCAGAAGCGCCAGGACUACGACCUGAAAGAGCUGAAGGAGCGUCAGAAGAUGCAGCUGCGCCACAAGGCUGUCCGCCUCGGCCUGGAGCCCGAGGCCCUGACCGGAAAGCACCCGCCCAAGAUCCAGGUGGCAUCGAAGUUCGAGCGUACCAUCGACCGCCGCACCUAUGUCGACAAGAAGGGUCUCUUCAGCGGCGGAUAUAUCGACAUGGAUAAGGAAACCAAAGAAAAGAUGUGGUCGGAAAAACUGAAAGACUUUGAUACCCGCGCGAAAGCACGUCUGCCCAAGUGGUUCGGCGAGCGGCCCGGCAAGAAGACGGACGACCCCGAGACGCCCGUGGAGGAGGAGAAGGAGGAGGAGCUGGUGCCGCCGCCGCAGGAGAUCGAGGAGCCUGAGAUUUUCUCUCCUCCUGUUACUGACCUUGAUACACGUCAACUUGUGCAGCCCAUUACGCAAGCGUAUAUGAUGCCGUAGGAACGCGAAACGAGC